GGUCAGCCUACGUACCUAGGAAUAUUCUGGGAUCCCGAAACGAUCCAUCUCUCCUGCGCAAGUACAGGAGCAACUUGCUCCCAGACGCGCGUCACUGUCGCGUUGCGUCACGCGUGCCAUUGUUCACAUACUCUGCAGACUUGCUCAUGACAUGCAUUUGACAUCAUUUCACCACAUUCUCUGCCAUUUAUCGCCCAAGUUUCAAGAGUGCAGGGAUUACAUCUCUGGCGGUUGUCGGCGACCGCGUUUCGUGUCCGGGAUUUCGAUAUCGGCCGCCGACCGCGCCUUUCGACCAUAUUUAUCGUCCGCAUGUUGUCACUUCUUACGAAUCAAAGUAACUAUUAUCACUCUGCGACAUGUUCUCAGCUCUGUCUCAAAUAAUAGCCCCUCUCAGCUUGGCUAUUUGUUCCGUCGCUAGCAAUGUCCAGCAGUCCUUCGCACUCGACGGUGGUAGGCUUGGACCAUCCGGUGCCGGCCUCUUUGACCCCGUGAAGGACCUCCUUUCUACUUCAGAUUACGCAACCCUCGGACACCUGGCUUUCCCGGACUACAACGUGCGCGUCAAAAAGUCGGAUUCUGUGACGGGACCGGCUUAUACUGGAUACAUAGACAUAAAAGCCAGGCACUUGUUCUUCUACUUCUUUGAGAGUCGGAGAAACCCCAACGAGGACGACCUCAUCUUCUGGACGGAGGGUGGACCUGGAUGCUCGUCUUCGAUCGGGGUAUUCAUGGAAUUGGGUCCCUGCAAGGUUAACGAUAUUCAUAACGUCUCCCGUAACCCUUACUCUUGGAACGAGAAAGCGAAUAUCUUUUUCGUUGACCAGCCUGUCGGCGUCGGCUUUUCAUACGCGGACCACGGCGAGUACGAUUACUUCCCGAAGAGCACGACAGAGGAAACUGCUAAAGAUAUCUCUGCCUUCGUGGCUAUUUUCUUUGAACAUUUUAGCAAUUUCAAGGGCCGACCAUUUCACAUGGCGGGAAUGUCAUACGGCGGACGUUUUAUCCCGACUUUCGCUUCCGCAGUGUACGACCAGAAUGCCCAGCUGCUCGCGGCUGGCAUGACGCCAAUCAACUUGACAUCUGUUAUCAUCCAAAACGGCUGUACUGAUUUAAAGACAAUGAUUCCGUCGUAUUACAAUGUGGCGUGUCAGCACAAGACCGUCGCUCCUGUGCUUGGCAUUAGCCCAUGUAUCGGAAUCAAGCAGGCUCUUCCACGUUGCGAGAAGUGGUUAAAGGAGGCAUGCUAUGAUGUCACGGACGCGAUCAGCUGUCGGACUGCCCUCUCUUUUUGCUGGAGUCACAUUGGGAUGCCGUUCUUAACCUCAGAUCACAACCCUUACGAUGUCACGAAAAGAUGUACUCCAGACGAACUCAAUGAUUCGCUCUGUUACCCUAUAACGAAAAAAAUCAGCUCAUUUCUUGAUCGCGCCGGCGUUCGCAAAACUUUAGGUAUAGACCCCAGCACGCAAAGCAAUUUCUCCGCAUGCAACGACGACGUCAACCGUCGCUUCAGCGCCAGCCUGGAUCACGUCUUCCCCGCUGAAUACUACCUUGAAGCUCUGCUCGAACGCGGCAUCAAAGUGCUCAUCUAUGUCGGCGACUACGACUGGGUUUGCAAUUGGGUUGGAAAUGAGCACAUGACCUUGAAUCUUGACUGGUUCGGCAAGAACGCAUUCGUCUCCGAGCCUCUUCGCGAGUGGAAGAUCGGCGACCGUGCUGUCGGCGUCACCCGCGGCUCUGGUCCCUUGGUCUUCGCCACCAUCCACGGCGCCGGACAUAUGGUGCCGUAUGAUAAGGGUGAAGAGGCUCUGGUGCUGGUUGAGCGAUGGCUAGCGGUCAAGGAGCUCUGAGGUCUCCAGCUUUGUUCCUAAUCUUGCUGUUUUCGCUCUAUGGGGUGCUGUGCGCGGAAUUUGAAGAUAGUAGCUAGUAUAUCUAUAUACCGAAAACCCAUGAGCAGUCAUAUCAAGCGAGGAAGAACGCACGAUCCGUUGGCGGCCCUUGCCGACUAGCAUACAAA